UCGUACGGAAAAAAAAAAUCGCGAUCUGACUCGCGUGUAUAUUAAGAAUAGCAGUUGACUCUAGCAGUACUGUGCAAAGAUUGGGUAGGCAAGGUUGGUCGUGGUACUGUUGUGGGAAACAAUCAAAAUAGAAAAAUCCAAUCAAUAUGGCGGCUGUAUCAGUGAUCAGGGUCAUAUUCAUAUCUGUAUUGAUAAGCUGCGUAUUUGCUAAGUUUGAAGAAAUCAGGAGUCAAGAAGAAGCGUUUCAGUACAUUGCCAAGAAGAGGUAUGCCACUCCAAAAAUAGACCUUGUGGAGGCCAGUCCCAUACUCUAUCCUCUUCUAGACCGCAUUGCCGAUGAACUUGAAUCAGAGAAUUUUUUUGAGCAAACUGACCACAAUGGAACAACUUCACAGCCUAGUACAAGCGGAACCACUACAGAGCCUAGCACAAACGGAAUGUCCACUUUUGAGCCUAUCACAAAUGAAACCACUCCAGAGCCUGCAGCUACAACAUUAUCCCCGGGGACGACCACCACAAAAACCCCAUAUAAUCAAUGUAAAUCAGAUCUGGAUACGCUCGGCAUUGACUUUCUUAAAUAUUUUUCUGAUAAAUCAAAAAAAUAUGCUGCAAUGAUGGUGGACUCGUAUGGGAAAGUGCCACCGGGUAUACUUCAAGGUAACACUCAAUGGAUUGGACUGUACGACCAGUGCCUGCGUCAAACGAAGGAGAAAACUCAACAGACCUUUGGAGCCCAGUACUGCAUUGCACAUGCUCUUAAUAAGACAACGAAUGCGCAAAUCUUGGCCGUUGGAAUUUGUGUGCCUGACUCUUGCAGUGAAGGUGCUUUGGAUAUCCUGCUGUAUGAAGGUCUUCUAAAGUUGACAUUGGCAAAGGAAUUAACAGCUUAUGUUUCCUGUAAUAAGGAGUUUGAAUACAACGCUGGAGCGAUUUCCUGCCUAGUUUUGUUGUCAAUAAUCGGAGUGCUGAUUAUAGCUGGGACAAGCUACGAGUUCUUUACAAUAUACUGUGUGUAUCAGGAUGAUCCGCUCGGAUUCAAGACACUGACAGAAGAGCCAGACAUGAUAAACCAGGAGGGAUCGGUACAGAUUCGCCCCUCCCCUACAUCGAAUGGAGUACACAUGAUGAGUGCUGAGGAAGGAAGCCAAUCAUAUACCACUCAUCCAUCUGGCCCAUCAUAUCACUCUCUACCACCUUCAUACAAUCACUCAAUCAAUGGAACAAACCUGCCUCCUUAUCAGCCAAUCAGAGAUGAGCCAGAGACGUUAAGCGUUUCAUUUUCAAGAUUUGUCAAGAAGUUCCUUUUGUGCUUCUCACUAAUCACUAAUGGGUCAAAGAUAUUGAAGCCAACUCAAGGACAGAGCAGUUUACACGCCCUCAACGGUAUCCGGGUUCUCAGCUUGUUUUGGGUUAUCCUCGGACAUACAUACUUUUUUCCGCUCUCGCUUUUCUCCAACCCAUUACAAAUCGUUCCGAUUUUGUCAAGGUUCUCCUUCCAAGCUGUUGGUAAUGCCACAUUCUCCGUUGAUUCUUUCUUUUUCCUGAGUGGUCUCCUGAUUACCUACCUUACACUCAAUUAUUUGAAGAAGAAUAAUGGAAGUUUGAAUUGGGGCAUGUUUUACCUGCAUAGGUAUCUUAGAUUGACACCUGUAUAUAUGCUGGUGAUUUUCAUCUACACAACACUAACUCCUCAUUUUGCCACAGGGCCGAUGUACUCGGCUGUUUUUGACCCAAAUCCUGUAGGAUAUGAAAACGGAAUGACAUACUGUCAGAAAUAUUGGUGGACAAACAUGCUCUACAUUAACAACUUAUACCCGACUGCAUUAGGGGCAGAGUGCUUGGGCUGGUCGUGGUAUCUUGCUAAUGAUAUGCAGUUCUUCAUCAUCAGUCCUUUUAUCAUCUAUCUACUAUACCAUUAUGCACCUGUUGGCAUCAGCAUAUGCAUUAGUCUGCUGGCUAUGUGCUUUGGGAGUUUGAUUGGCUUAUCAAUUGCCAAGGACAUUCAAGCAACCCCCUUUCCAUUAGAUCCUACUCGUGAAAACUUCCUUGGUGAUGACCUCUACCAGAAGCCAUAUACACGCAUCAGUACUUACCUUGUCGGCAUGGCAGUGGGCUACAUUCUGUAUCGCUACCAUGGUCGAGUUAGGAUGCCCAGGUACGUAGCGAUUAUUGGUUGGUUGAUUGCAACUGGAAUUGGGUUGUCGGUGGUAUACGGGCUUUAUGGCACAAUGCACGGACAUGAGUUAAGCAGGGGAGCAUCUGUGAUGUACAUUACAUUUUGUCGCUUUGCAUGGGCCAUUGCCCUCGGCUGGGUCAGUUUUGCAUGUAUUACUGGAUAUGGAGGCCCGAUAAAUACCUUGCUCUCAUGGUCUUUCUGGAUACCACUAUCCCGAAUAAAUUACUGUGCAUAUCUGUUGCAUCCAAUCAUCAUGAUGGUGUUCCAGUAUUCUCUACCAAACCUAAUCUAUUUCUCAGAUUUUCUAUUGAUCUAUUUCUUCUUGGGAAACCUUGUGCUGUCUUAUAGUGCAGCUUUCAUCCUAUCAAUAUGCGUAGAGGCACCAUUUAUGGCUCUUGAGAAGCUCAUUCUUAAGAGGGAUAAGAGUGUCUAGAAACAUCACUUGGCCAUCAUGUGAUUGACUAGAAACAUCGCAUAACAAUCAUGUGAUUGACUAGAAACAUCGUAUGUCCAUCGUGUGAUUGCCUGGAUACAACACAUUACCAUCAUGUGAUUUUCUAGCAACAAUAUGUGAUGUCGCUAGACCAUCAUGCGAUUGUCUGGCAACAUCACAUGAUCAUCUUGAUUUUCUAUGAUUAUCACCUGGCCAACAUCUGAUUUUUAUGUAGAAAGAUCACAUAAUAUUUAGCAAGAUACUUUCUCACAUGGAUAAAAAUAAAAUUUCACAUAACUAUAUGAAUCUGGUUAUUCAGAAUAUUAGAGAGUUUUUACACUCAAACUGACACCUUCACCUACAUUGAUAGGUUUUGUUGUAAACUGAUGUUAUAUUUGUUGUUCUGAAAUUUGGUUGUGGGUAAUUUGAUGAAAACCAACACUUCUGAAUCAAAGAUUGACAUUCUUUUUUAAUAUUUUAAAUAGAUGGCAUAAAUUUUAAUCCCAACAAGCUGCUGGUGCAAUCAUUUUUAUGACUUUUCCACAUCCAAAAGCAGGUGCAUGCUAAGUGUAUGGUGAAGUAGUUUAUAGUAGCAAAAAAAAAAAAAUUAAUUUUAGUUUAUAAACAGAUUGCUAUGAAAAUAAUAGUCUAGUUAAGAUACGAUUUUUUCAUUUUUAAAUAUUAUUCAUUAUUUUUAUACUCAUCUGGGCGUAUCUCGCUUAUCCUUCAUUGAUCGUCUCCCACCUUUGAGUAUGUUAAAGCUAAGGCAAUUUCUUUCAUAAUUGUUGAUGAUGUCAUCAUGGUAAAAAUGAAACAGACACAAGUAUACAUAUCAAGGGUCAACUUUCGUGUGCCAUUACUUACUUUUGUCAGAAAAGUGGAUCACCUAACUCGUCCUAGUGAUGAGUUUAAAUCUAGUGUUGGAUUGGAUGUCUCUUGGUGGCAAUUUGCACAGCAUUGUGGCAGUUGUUAUGAAAGAGGAUGUUUUUGUCUCUUAGUGUUUUUUUUCCCCUGGAUCAAAAAGGCUUCAGUACAUUGCUUAAUGUUUUCAUCAAUCAGUCAAUGAUUUUUAUGGUGAGAUUAUUUGAUAAUCUGUAAUUGCUGAUUUGCAUUUUUCAGACUGCGAUUCUUUGUAAAAAAAAAAGGUAGCAAGUUAUCUGUUUAUGACGUAUGAAAUCCACACACAAAGAUAUUUUAUCCAGUGCAUAAACCCUUCUGUCUGAGUGUGAAGUCUCUUUGCCUCUUCAGCAAAUUUCUAUUGUUCAACUAACCCAAUUUUUUUUAGAUUUAUUUUAUAUAAAUGCAAGUCUACUUAAAAUUUUCAAGAGAGGUCAUUCUUAUUCAUAAGCUGUACAAAUAAGAGGGAAACAUUUCUUUUUUUAUGAAAAAGCAUUCUAAUACAAUAAGCAUUAUAAGCAUUUUAUAAAAUUAAGUAUAGUAAUAUGAACCAAAAUAGGAUUAACACAAUACAUCCUUAUAAGGCAGGGGUGGGCAUAAAAAUCGGUCAGAGGGCCAAAGUGAACUUUUGAUUUAACACCAAGGGCGCACCUAAACUUUGAUGUUCCAGUAAGAUUCCAAAAACCUCCAAUCACUGCUUUUACAUCACCUUUAUUCUCAGUUUUAAUGUUACUUUUUACAUAUUAUUGGUGUCGGGCCGUAAAAUACAAGGUGUUUUCUAGCCAAUUUUGAUUGGCGGGCCGUAAACAUAGGGUUUUUACUUCAUUGUCACAGGCCGCAAAAAAGUCGCUGACGGGCUGCAUGCGGGCCGCACUUUGCCCACCUGUGUUAUAAGGUGAGGUGUAUUAUGCGCUAUAUAAAUCUCUAACCGUUACCAUCUUUAGUUUUAGUUUAGUUUAACAUAACAAAAAAUGAAAUUGACAUUAUUUUACAGUAUAAAGGUAAUAGGUUUUCAUCAUCAUUAUCAACCUUCAGUGAUUUCUUUGUAUUUUUGCAAUUUCCAUUGUAGUCUAGUUUACCAUAUUCCAUCAAAAUGUAAUGCUUUGCAUUCCAAUCAGCAUGUAAUAUUAUUGCAAUGUGUAUGUUUUUGGUAUACACUAUGUUAAACCUUGCUACUGUAUCAGCUUCUGGGGUUUAAAGAAUAAUGAUUUACUUGAUCCUCAAUAGUGUAAUAUGAUGUUUGAUAAAAGCAUUUGAGGCGAGAGUCAGGAUUUUGGAAGAAUGAUAAUGCAUCUGUGUAUAUAUAGUUAAAUUUAAAAAGAAUAUAUUAUUAAUUGUGAAAUAUGUAAAGCAAUAAUUUCUUUCUUUUUUUCAUAAAUUUUAUAUAAUUUUUAUAAUAACUUCAGUGGACAAAGUUAUUGUAUUUUGAUUUUUUCUUUAUUUCUAAAUGAAUCAUGUGACAUACAAAUUAGGAAGGGUGGAAAAAUACACACAAGUAUGCUUGCUUGUAAAUUUUGUCACUUAUGCAAUAGCCUGUAGGCCCAAUGACUUAAAUUUUCUGUUGCCUAAGUCUCUCCACUUUUUCUUAUUGACAACACUAGUAUAUAUAGGAAAAAUUAUUAGUAUAUUAUACUACCAUAUUUAUUCGAAUAAAUUAUUUCAGGAAAAAAGCAAGGGAAGCGUUUAUUCGAAUAAAUGUGGUACUGUAAGUAUUUUUCUAAUUAUGGCCGGUAUGAUAAAUCUUUUCUUUUUAGUCAUAAAGAAUGAUUGAAUUGUAUCAGUUGAAAUAAUAAACCAUGUUUAUAAUGUACACAAAUAUCACAACAUAAAUACACAAUCAAAAAUGUAAUUGGUUAAGAACUGUUACAUAUAGUAAUUUUCAGUUGACAUAAAUAGUUAUAAUAGCUUAUACUGUGCCUUUUCCAAGAGAUGCAAUGCAAGUCAAUUUAUUGUAAGAUAAUUACUUUGAGAAAGUAUAUAGUGUAAUAGGGCACAGCAAUCAUUUUAUGAAAGUUGGGGAAUUAUAUUUGACUCUGCAUAAAAUAAACUUGUAAUAUUAAACAAAAUGAAUAGUUACUGUUUAAAAUAUUACUAAUUAUACUGUAUAUGAUCUCAGGUUUUAGUAACAUAUUUUAGAUGUUAAAAACAAAUGUACUGAUGAUAACAAUAAAUCGCAUUUACUACCAAUCACACAA